GUAAGAGAGGCUGCUGGACCGCCAGUGACCAGCCGAACCCACGCGCUGCGAAAAAUCCUCAGCUCGUCCCCUCGCUGUCUACUUCACCGCCAAACAUUGUGAUGCAACGCUCGUCAUCGACACCUCAACGCCCCUUCAAGGCAGGCUUCCAGCAGAGCGCAAUUUCGUGAAGGGCCUUAUCCCUAGCUCCCGUGAAGUCCCACAAAACGCUACCCGCCGCAGCGUUGUCUCUUUAAACGCUGCCUCCUCCGCUCGAGCAAGCUCAAGCGUUUUGGUACUUCGUGGUCAGCCGCAUCGUCUGGAGCUAACUCGUCCGACGCUGGCGUGCCUGGGUUGUUCGGCUGUCCCUCACCGGCUUGCCGUCGUUAUUGCUUGCAGUCCCAAAGGGCGCGAUCUGGCCCCCUCUUACCGUACGGCCCAAACGUGCGCGUAGCAUCUGAGCGGUUUGCAUGUCCCUUUCUCUCCGAGUUCAAUACAGUCUCCCGUCGGACCCAACCGCCGCUUCAAGCCAGACUUUCCCUCGCCAUCGCGCCGACGCCUAGAGCGAAGCUGGUGUUCCUCUUUUCGGCCUCGUGUGUUAGGAUACAUCACUCGCAUCUGUUGUAUCGUCAUACGCGCCAGGGUCCACGAAUUCUUUAUUCGGUCGUCUGAUUCAGCAACCAAGCGCCAGGACCAGCUGCAGAGUCAAGCACCUGCCUCUGCCCCUCGAGAAGGCAGACGACGAUAACUGGAUUGUAGCGGGGUGCUGCCUUCCGAUAUAACCUGUCCAUCGCGUCCACCCUUUCUAGUUCCGAGAGGUGUCCUCCUCCUCCGACGGCCAAAUCCACGCCGGCUUUUCGCUCUAAUUUUCUGCUCCUGCUGUUUCUCGGAGAUCCGGUGACUAGCUCUCAGAUCUGAGAUCAUGUCGCUUUCUUCAGAGCAGCGAAGAGAUGACCCAGUCUCGUCAGUCCCUAGCGCAACGGAACAAUCACCGUCGUGGGUCAAGUCGCCUACAGACGUCGACCAAAUCAGCAACACUUCGUCUUCGAGAUCUGGCUCGGCUAGCGAAGCGGAGAGCACCUCCAGAAGUGCUCAAAAACCGCAACGACCGAAGCUGCACACCCGAAAGUCCAGUGGCACGAUCAUUGUUCCCGCCGGUACGCGAACGUUAGAGAUCGAGGAGGAGUACGACGAGGGCGAUGCGAGAACGAUGAGCCCGCGCCGAAGUAGCGAAGAAGUUGAUCGUCUUGAAGAAGGCCUCAGACAAAACAUGAUAGAACAAUCGAAGCAGCUUCAGGCGAGCUUGCUGAGCCUCGUCGAUCGUGUGGAAUCUGUCAAAGCUGAGCACGAGAAACUGGAGGGCGGCAACCGCUUCUUGCAGUCGUAUGUCGGCAUACUCUAUGAUUGGUGUGCAAAAUCACUGCUGCCGGCGCCACCAAAGGCAAAGGCAAGCAACGAAAAUAGCCCCACGCAGGGAUCGCUCGACCAAAAGAACAACUUCGUGUCGAUAAUCGCUUCGUAGUAGUCUCGUGACAGUUGCUCAGCGAUAGUUGUGCAGCGUUACGACGUCUACGAUUCGAACAAAAUCCAUUUAAAGCAUUAUUACACCUGUUACGGUUAUCGAUGCUCUUUCAGUCUAGACACAUGGCCGAGCAUACGAAAUGGCUACUGUAAAACUCAUUCUUCACGUCACUGCAUUCACGGGGGCAUUCUUCUGCAUUUGCAACACUUUUCCCCUUGAACUUGUGCUGCCUACAUGUUGGAGUUUGAUUAUCAAUAAGGAUUUUGGCCUGUCGUUAAUCGCGCAGGCAACAUGGUGUUCUGGAUGAAUGACGAGCUUUACUGUUCGAAAUUAUUGACUGGCGGAGAAUUCAAAAUACGAGCUUAUCACUCGGGAAGGAUAUCACGUCUAGUAUUCCUCAACGGAGUUCUCAGGGUGAAAUAUCGCACGUGGUGGAGCACGACUUGAUUUGGGCUAGGUCCACUUGCUGCAGACAGUCAACGACGGCCGCUACUGCUGUAAACGAGCUGCUUAGACAUCUUGAAUGGUACCUGUGCUUGUAAAGGUGUUCCUCCUUUACCUUUAUCCCUU